AUGAAGAUCCGAAAAAUAACCACCUGCCACACGUGCAGGGCUCGGAAGUUAGCUUGUGAUGGAAAACGACCGAGUUGUUCGCAAUGCCUAUUCUCUUCCAAGAAAUGUGCAGGAUAUGACCAUGAUCUCAUCUUCCGUCCGCCAGUCAUGUCCAACUCCUACCCACCCAAGGCAACGAAAGCCAAACGUCAACGCCGUCGCGUCAGCGUUGACAGCCAGAAAGCACAGCCAGUUGUUACGAAACAAGUAACAUUACCCGAAACCGAGUUUCCUCUUACUCGCUCCUUAAGUUGGCCACUUCUCGACAUCAUCUCACUUGUCGUCCAAAAUUUCAGUCCAGUUGGGCAAGCACCUCAAUUUGUCCCCUCCCAAGCCUCCAUCUUUUCUCAUCGGAUAUGUGGCGGCUGGGUUGAGAUGCUCCCUGAGUUGGCAAGGGGAUCAAAGGCAGAUCUAUGUCUCUCCCCCGCUAUCAAAACACUAGCAGUUUCCAUCCUUGCUAGAGGAAGUCAGGGACGAGCUCCUAUGUCUGAUGCCUUGGCGGCUCACACCACGGCUCUAGAAUCCCUGAACAGCGGGCUGGAUGGUUGGGCUACAUCAGCACCAAAUAUUGUGGCUGCCAGCAUCAUGUGUUUAUUCUUGUCCGAGACGCAGAUGAUCAUGCCCACGAGCCCAACCAGCGCCAUUGUCCAUGCAAAGGGUAUAGAGGAUCUCAUGAAGCUUCAAAAGCCUUGCUUCUACGCUUCGGGUAUCUCCCACCAUCUCUUUGUGGGAUUCAGACCAGUCCUUACCCAGGUUCUUCAAGCACUCUUUACCCGACGAAAACACUUUCUCUCGGACCCUGCCUGGACCUCGAUACCCUUUGAGUUCUACAUCCCAUCACCUCUUCAAUCACUAUUCACAGAGGUCUUCCCUCUUGCUGAGAUAUUGGGCAGAAUCGAUCAUUUGUCGGAUAUCCCAGCCGACCAAGCCGUAGCAAGGGCCCAAAAGAUAGUCGAGGAACUGUUGGAAAUUCUUCAAAACCUUGUUCGCAGAGACGAAACUGUCAGAGAAGAAACUACAGCCCGCCGGUGGCUCCCUAUCUUCCCAGUUCAAGAAGAUCUGCCAAUCCAGUUUCCCGACAUCAUCGCCGGAAACUUUUUCACCCACCUGUGGGCGUUCCAGGUGAUCUGCGCCUACAAUAUCAUCAAACUAACGUCAAAAUUCCCAUGUCUCUCAACCUCCACAGAGACGAAGGUCCUGAAUGACCUAUUGGACGUCAGGAUGAUCAACCAGCUCGCGUUGUGGACAUUUCGGAGCAUAGAGUUUCUACUCAAAGAAGAGUUCAAACUGUUUGGAGCGGCUUCCAUAAGUCUUCCGCUAAAGACUGCCUGUGAAGUGUUGAAGGCGUUUGGUGGGAAUGAUCCGGAAAUGGUGUUUUGGUUUUGUCGUGUGUCACGGUUUAUUAAGGAAACGGGGUAUUACUUUUUGAUACAAAUGCUUGCUGACGAUGAGUAA